GACUUGUCAUGAUGCGAUUGGCUAGAAAGUGUGUCCGCGUUUGAAUGGGGCUCUCCGUAUCCAUCUUUCUGUGAUGUACACAGACGCGAGCUGAAACAAUGGGACCAUUAAGAAUUAUAUCUGUCUUUGUGGAUUUGGUUUUAGUGUGUUUGAUGUGUGCCCAGUGCGGCGCUCGUGAUCUGGACUCCAGCUAUGUGACGUGUGGCUCUCUGGUCAAACUGAUGAACACUCGGCACAGCGUCAGACUGCACUCGCAUGAUGUCAAAUACGGAUCAGGAAGUGGCCAGCAAUCAGUAACCGGUGUGGAUUCGGCCGAUGAUGCCAACAGCUACUGGCGUAUCCGUGGGAAACCAGACAAAGUUUGUCAGCGAGGGGAGCCUAUUCGAUGCGGACAGGCCAUCCGGAUUACACACAUGAAGACCGGACGCAACCUACACUCACAUCACUUCAGCUCCCCACUGUCUAACCACCAAGAAGUGAGUGCGUUUGGUGAAAAUGGAGAAGGAGAUGAUUUAGACGUAUGGAGCGUGCAGUGCAGUGCAACAUACUGGGAACGUGAUGACGCGGUGCGAUUCAAACAUGUCGGCACCGAUGUUUUCCUCAGUGUAACCGGAGAGCAGUACGGUCAGCCAAUCAGAGGCCAGCGUGAGGUCCAUGGAAUGCCUUCACCCAAUCAGCAUAACUACUGGAAGGUGAUGGAGGGGGUUUUUAUUCAGCCCAGCAGUGAUCCAGUGCGUCAUGAUGAGCUCUGAUGAUGCCGCUUCAUUAUUGUAGUGAGAGCGACUGAGAACUCCACUCACACAUGCUGUGAAACCCUCUCUAUAUAUACACCUUCAGUUUCUAUAAAGUUUUAUUGGUCAAAUAAUUUUUGAGAUGAAAGCCACUCACAAAAUGGACAAAAAGGCAAAACGGUUUGUUUGACAAGAUUUCGUAUGAUUGGAAUGUGUUUGUUUGUACAUAAGGGAAUAAAAUUACAUGACAUACCAGGAUUUUGGGCUUCAAAACUGAGUAUUUUGUAUUAUUUAUAUUUAGACUGGAUUACUACUGGAACAAAUGGCAUUGUACUAUAAAAUAGUGUUUCUGCACCUGUGAAAUCCUGUAAUCUUUCUGAAUUCAGUGGGGGGAAAUAUGAAAUGACCGUUUGUUUUGGUUGAAGUUUUCUUUUACUGUAAUUCCCAAUAGUUGUUUUCCACCUCAUACUGUAUAUGACCCAAUAUGUACAUAAUUUGGUGAAAUCAAAAAUAAAGUUUUUUGAAAACA